ACUCCUCUGUCUCUAGGCGCAGUGAAGGCACUGGAAAAGUACUAUAACCCCAGCCAUCUCGCACCCGUUCAUACUGGGGAUAGGGAAAGUAAACUGAACUACCUUGCAAUUAGCCGAUUUCAUUCCAAGCUGCAUAAGGUUUCCACUACGACAGUGGACUCUGGUACAGAUGGAGGUAACAACCACGUUAAAUUGCCCGAUCUCAGCAUCCCCCCGGCUGGUCGCAAAGUAGUGGUACAGGAACUGCCAUCGUCUACCAUCUCCAACACUUUUUCUUCACCAAAGGCACCACUUAGUUUUGGAAGGAGGAAGUCUAUGCGUGUUCCGAUGGAGGCUGUUCUGAAUUUAAUACAAAAGAAGAAACAGAUCAUCAUUGAAACCUGGGAGGAAUUGGUGAACUUACAAAUUGGCCGGAAGGCUCCAUCAGCAGGGAUGGGAAUGCAUGCCAACCUCAUCCUUAAGGCCAUGCAGUGGAA